AACCUGACAUUGGGGAUGCUAGAGGAACAUUUUUUUAAUCUCUCAGUAACAUAACACACCCUGUAAGUAAGCUAUACAUGAGUCUAUGGGAAAAGGCUCAGCGGAGACUAACUUUAAUGCAAGAGUCAUUUAUGUGACAUUUCCAGAGAUGAAGGAAAAAUGCAAGAACGCGGCGAAGACGCGGAGAGAGAAAGAGAACGGGGAGUUUUAUGAGCUGGCCAAGCUGCUGCCUCUGCCGGCGGCCAUCACCUCGCAGCUGGACAAGGCCUCCAUCAUCCGGCUGACCAGCAGCUACCUCAAGAUGAGGGCAGUCUUCCCCGACGGUCUGGGUGAUGGAUGGGGUCAGUCAACAAGGUUCAGUCCUCUGGACAGCAUGGCUAAAGAAUUGGGCUCCCACCUUUUACAGACUCUGGAUGGCUUCGUGUUUGUUGUUGCCUCUGAUGGCAAAAUCAUGUACAUCUCUGAAACAGCAUCCGUCCACCUCGGCCUGUCCCAGGUGGAGCUAACAGGAAACAGUAUAUUUGAGUACAUCCACCCAUCAGACCAUGAUGAGAUGACAGCAGUGCUGGGUCUGUGCCAGCCCCCACACCAUCACUUCUCUCCGGAGUAUGAAAUAGAGCGCUCCUUCUUCCUGAGGAUGAAGUGUGUUCUUGCUAAACGAAAUGCAGGACUUACAUGUGGGGGAUAUAAGGUGAUCCACUGCAGCGGCUACCUGAAAGUGCGUCAGUACAUGAUGGACAUGGCGCUGUAUGAAUCCAGUUAUCAGACUGUGGGCCUGGUGGCAGUCGGUCACUCCCUGCCCCCCAGUGGUAUCACCGAGAUCAAACUCCACAGCAACAUGUUCAUGUUCCGCGCCAGCCUGGACUUAAAACUAAUUUUCCUGGACACAAGGGUGGCAGAGCUGACAGGCUUUGAGCCUCAGGACCUGAUAGAGAAGACUCUCUACCACCACGUCCAUGGCUGUGACAUUUUCCAUCUGCGCUAUGCUCACCAUUUAUUACUGGUGAAGGGGCAGGUCACCACUAAGUACUACCGCAUGUUAUCAAAGCAUGGCGGCUGGGUGUGGGUGCAGAGCUACGCUACCAUCGUCCACAACAGCCGUUCCUCCAGACCUCACUGUAUUGUCAGUGUGAACUACGUCCUCACUGACAUCGAAUGCAAGGAGAUGCAGUUAUCCGAAGACCAGAGUCGAGCCACUAAGCCUGGUCUCGGUCUCCCUUCCACUCAGGACCACCGCAAACAUCUCAGAACCAAAGCAGUCAAGAUGAAGCCCAAACCCAGAGCAGCUCCCUAUCCUGAGGUGGGACUUCCACUUGGCUUACUGAGUGAACAAAAGCAGCAGGCUGCUAGCGUCUUCCAGCCAGACCGCUCGAGCUGCUCCCCACAGAGGGGGCUGUGGAAGGAGAGAUCCCCGUACCCACUGACCCCAUGCAGGGAGAGGAGCUCCAGCUUGAGCCCUGAAGCAGGCCAAGUGUCCGGCUGCGGCCCCACUUACAACCUGACCCUGCACUACCCCUACAAUCACCGACAUCUGGAUGCUCAGAGCCAGCUGCCGUGCUCAGCCCCGUCCUCUCAGCUGGCUCAGCAGAUCAUCGGCUCCCUGCACAGCAGAGGGUCCGUUGGCUGGAACAUCAGCAGCCCCCCAGCACCCAACAAAUACACAGGCCCCGUGCUGGCAGCUGACCGUAGGUACCCUGAUGAGCUCUACCAUGAUUGUCCCAGCAGCACCGACCCACAUGCUACCAGCAGGCUGAAGGAAGAACCCUACGAACAUUACAUGCUCGUCCACAGCGAGGUGUCUGAGCUUUGUCCACACCCCCGCCCUCACGCCAACAAGGACAGUAAGCCUUUAAACCCGGAGGUCCAACAUCACACAAGAGGUGGAGAGGGGCCCGGAGGUGACCGGGCCCUUGCCUGCCCUUUGCUCAGCGGCCUGGUACUGGGUAAAGCUGAGCAGGGCGGCCCGCUGCACAGUGUGGGCCAGCCUCUCCCUGUGCAGAUGGCGCUGGAGCAGAGGAGGAGGCGGUGCAUGAUGGAAGCUCCGUACAGCCACCCAGCUUCAGGAUAUCCACACCCUGCCAACGGCCCCCAGCACCAGCAGCACGGAGCAGCCGCGGAGCUGCUGCAGCCCAGAGCUGCUGGGGACGACCGGAGGAUGUUGAUAGGUAUGGGGGUCGGGGUGGGACUUCCAGCCCAAGCUCCAUAUAUGUCUUUGAACUUCCAUAAGGUCUUGGGCAAACAUGGUUCAAUUAAGGCCCCCGCUUUUACCACACUGAGCCAUAUAACAGACGGCCACAGUUGCCACGGUAAAGAGACAGCCUCUUACGGCUAUAACAGCCAGAGCCAGAGUCCCAGCUCGGGCUCGUCGCCUGACAGCCACAGAGAGAUCCCACAUUACAUCGGCACAUCCGUUAUUAUCACAAAUGAGAGGUGACCCAUGCAGGACAGAAGAUCCGGAGACUCUCAAAGCCAUAACUUUGACUGCUUCGAAGACUCCAGCCAGGUUGAGCAGGGGUGUCGGACUGGGGGUGGAAAGGGGACUGAGUACCCAGGCCCCUCAUGUGAGGAGGGCCCAAAAAGAUUCUAGAAUGAAUAGCUGUGGAUGUGGG